CGCUGCCUAGCACCUGGAAGCUAGGGCCAUGGGUCCCAGAGCGGCGCGUGGCGCAGGGGACCUUAAAGUGGCCACUGAAGAGUCAAGUCUUUGUGGUGCGACCUGAUAGGCACCAUCACAACGCAAGGGGACCCGCUUCUGGAAGGAUCUCAGCCUCGCUCGCAGUUCCAGCGGGAAAGAGAAGCCCGAUUUAACUUUCAAAGCCAGGGCAGAGUCCGGAGUGCGACGGCAUUCUAAGGGCUUGUGGAGUGGGCGGGGUGCGCGGGCGGGCUCUAGGACCGUGGGGACGCAGCUCCGCCCCCUCUUCCGGCGGGCGGGGUUGCGGACCCGGGCCGGUCUCGGCCGCCAGUCGGCGCCGCCUGCAGCCGGGAAACGCGGCCCGAGCGAGGCGCGCGGGCUGUGGGGCCGCCGCGUGCCCGGCCCCGCUCGCCCGUGCCCGGCGCCCGCCCGCCAUGCCCGGCUUCGACUACAAGUUCCUGGAGAAGCCCAAGCGGCGGCUGCUGUGCCCACUGUGCGGGAAACCCAUGCGCGAGCCUGUGCAGGUGUCCACUUGCGGCCACCGCUUCUGCGACACCUGCCUGCAGGAGUUCCUCAGUGAAGGAGUCUUCAAAUGCCCUGAAGACCAGCUUCCUCUGGACUAUGCCAAGAUCUACCCGGACCCGGAGCUGGAGGUGCAGGUGUUAGGCUUGGCUAUACGCUGCAUCCACAGUGAGGAGGGCUGCCGCUGGAGCGGGCCACUUCGUCACCUACAGGGCCACUUGAACACUUGCAGCUUCAAUGUAGUCCCCUGCCCGAAUCGCUGCCCGGCCAAGCUGAGCCGGCGCGACCUGCCCGCCCACCUGCAGCACGACUGCCCUAAGCGCCGCCUCAAGUGUGAAUUCUGUGGCUGUGACUUCAGUGGGGAGGCCUACGAGAGUCACGAGGGUGUGUGCCCCCAAGAGAGUGUGUACUGUGAGAACAAGUGUGGUGCCCGCAUGAUGAGGCGACUGUUGGCCCAGCACGCCACUUCUGAGUGCCCCAAGCGCACCCAGCCCUGUGCCUACUGUACCAAGGAGUUUGUUUAUGACACCAUCCAGAGCCACCAGUACCAGUGCCCACGCCUGCCUGUUCCCUGCCCCAACCAGUGUGGAGUGGGCACUGUGGCCCGGGAGGACCUGCCCACCCAUCUGAAGGAUAGCUGCAGCACUGCCUUCGUGCUCUGCCCUUUCAAAGAGUCUGGCUGCAAGCACAGGUGCCCUAAGCUGGCAAUGGGACGUCAUGUGGAGGAAAGUGUAAAGCCACAUCUGGCUAUGAUGUGCGCCCUGGUGAGCCGGCAGCGGCAAGAGCUGCAGGAGCUGCGCAGAGAGCUGGAGGAGCUAUCUGUGGGCAGUGAUGGAGUGCUCAUCUGGAAGAUCGGCAGCUAUGGGCGUCGCCUACAGGAGGCCAAGGCCAAGCCUAACCUGGAGUGCUUCAGCCCAGCCUUCUAUACACAUAAGUACGGUUACAAGCUGCAGGUGUCUGCGUUCCUUAACGGCAAUGGCAGUGGGGAGGGUACACAUCUCUCCAUCUACAUCCGUGUGCUGCCAGGCGCCUUUGACAAUCUCCUCGAGUGGCCUUUUGCACGACGGGUCACCUUCUCCCUGCUGGAUCAGAGUGACCCAGGUUUGGCUAAGCCACAGCAUGUCACGGAGACCUUCCACCCUGAUCCAAACUGGAAGAACUUCCAGAAGCCUGGCACUUGGCGAGGUUCCCUGGAUGAGAGUUCUCUGGGCUUUGGCUACCCCAAAUUCAUUUCCCACCAGGACAUCCGAAAACGAAAUUACGUGCGGGAUGAUGCAGUUUUCAUCCGUGCCUCUGUCGAACUGCCCCGGAAGAUCCUCAGCUGAGAGUAGAGCCUUUUGGCUUCAAGUGGGAAGGGAGGUGGGACAGGAUCUCAGGCACUGGCUGGAACUGGAUUGGGGGCCGGACCUCCUUUCAGCUUCUUUUGCCUAGGUUGUUAGCCCAUUCUCCCUACCACCACCACCACCACCACCACCACCCCUACCCCUCAGGUGCCUCCAAUUGGUGCUUCAGCCCUGGCCCCUGGGGGGAGCAGGUCUCGGGGUUAUCAAGGGCUGGAAAUGUGAUCCCAGGGCCUGUCUCCCCUCCUGGGCAGGGCGGACAUGCCUUGGUGCCAGCCACGUUCUACCUGGACUGAGGUGCCUGCUCAGGUGCUAUAUCCCAAGAGCCAUAGUGGGGGUGGGAGGUAUUGGCAACGGGAGGGGUAGGUAUAAGAAUCUGCCUUGAGAUUACCUUCUCUUUCCAUUCACCCAGUGGCGCCCUCUCUGGUUAUUUAUUUCUCUAGUGCUAGGAGGGCACAGCAGGGGAACUCUGAUUUUUAAUAAAUCCUGAAUUGUAUUUAUUAACUUGAUUCCA